CUCCAACACUGCAGGAGGCGCGAAUGAGCUCAGUUCGCUGCCAUUGAAACAAUAGAAGAAAAAGAUCAGACGUCGCUUUCCGAUGACGCAAAGCCGAUCAGCGUGUGACAUUGCUGUGAAUGAUCCGAGCUGGUUAGGAUGGCUCUGUCGUUGUCCGGGGUGAUUUUGCCCAAAUUGAUGCAGCAGAGGGCUUUCAGUGUCUCAGCAACUGUGGCCGCUAUUCAGAAAUUAACACGCGUGAGGGUGGUCGACAACAGCGCUCUUGGAAAUGCCCAUCACCACCGUCCACCAAAAGUCAUUCACGUGUACACCAAGAAUGGAGUCGGUAAAGUGGGAGACAGAGUCUUACUGGCCAUUAAAGGACAGAAGAAAAAAGCUCUCAUAGUGGGUCAUAAGAUGCCUGGAGCGCGAAUGACCCCACGCUUCGAUUCAAAUAAUGUUGUUCUGAUUGAAGAGAAUGGAAACCCCACAGGAACGAGAAUAAAAACUCCUAUACCAACUCACCUGCGCAAAAUGGAAGGGGAAUAUUCUAAACUGUUAGCCAUUGCUCAGCGAUUUGUUUAGAUGAGCGUUUUUGUAACUACUUAUCUUUGUAAAUAUAUAAAAAUGUGUUCUUUCCAUUUAGCAAAUGUGCUUUCGUGGUUACUUGUGGAAAUAUUUGUAAUAAAUACAGAUGAAACUGC